AUGAGGCUGGCUAGACUACUACUGCAUGCACCUGCAGGCACUGCAAGGGAAACGUCCCUGCUAGACAUAGGAUGGGUUACACUUGUCAACCAAUUGAGGACACGACUGCUCAGAUACAGAAAAAGAAUUUAUGACAUGAAUGACCACCUGACAGUCCUUAUGAGGGAACUGAACUCUCGCGAGCUAUUGCCAUGAGAGAUGAGAUGCUGGGAGACACUUGCACUAGUAGGCAUGAGUAAAUACCAGGGAGAAGGCAAGCUGCAGGAGGUAGACAAAGUAGAGUGGAAGCAAAAGAUCAAGGAUGCUGUGAGACUGCUGAACUGAAGGGAAUCGAUGCAUAGGCUGAAAGCUGAAACUGAAAAAUCUACACGAAUGUACAGGUCUCUCAUGGUAUGGAUGGAAUCUACAGAUGUAUCAACAUUUGUCAAGAUUAAUUCAUAUAAUGGAGCUGCAAUAGGAAUGGUACAUAGAAUGAGAGCAGGCUUCAACUUCUGUAACGCUAAUGCUAAAUUAAGGCACUUGACACAUGAUGAAAUGUGCAAUGAAUGUAAGGUACCUGAAACUGAAGAGCAUGUACUUACAGAAUGCACAAGGUACGGCAGGUAUAGACUUGAACUGCAGGAGCAACUUGAUAAUACAGGUAUAGCAUGAUCAGCACUUGGACUCAUUCAGGUAAUGCUUUAUGGAGCAAAGUAA